AUGUCCAAGAGACAAGCUGAGUUGUCGCUGGAGGGAGAUACUGCCGCAGGCUCUCCCGCCAUUAAAAAGGCGCGUGUGGAGGACGAUUUCGAGGAAGGUGAUCCGCGCCAUGGAGCCCUUCCAUUACGACGGGCGGGCGGCCAAGAGAGAGAGGAGGACGAGCGUAAAGGGAAUGAUAUUCUAGCUGCUGCAGACCAGGAGCGAGAAGAACUGGAAGAAGCGGCGGUAGAUAUUAGUGCUGAGUCCGAUUUCGAUGACGCCGACGACGACAGGCCUGUGAUUGCGGCUCCCAAACGCCAGAGUGCACCUAUGGAGGGCUACAGCGAUCUUUAUCUUGAUACGAUUAAUCGCGAAAUCCUCGACUUUGACUUCGAAAAACUGUGCUCGGUUACCCUUUCGAAUAUCAAUGUAUAUGCGUGUCUCGUCUGCGGCAAAUACUUUCAAGGCAGGGGCCCGAAGUCACAUGCCUACUUUCAUGCGCUUGAAGUUGGCCACCAUGUUUUCAUCAAUAUGGGAACUAAGAAGGUGUAUGUCCUUCCGGAGGGCUAUGAAGUGAAGAAUAAGAGUUUGGAUGACAUCAAGUACGUGGUGGACCCGCACUAUAGCAAGGAAGAGGUCUCCAAGCUGGACAAAGAGGUCCACGAUGCGUUCGAUCUCGCUGGAAAUCGUUAUAGACCAGGUUUUGUUGGUAUGAACAACAUCAAAGCCAACGACUACCUGAACGUAGUUGUGCAACUUUUGGCGCACGUUUUCCCAAUUCGCAACUACUUUCUGCUACAUGAGUUCCCAACACCCGGCACGCCCCAAUUAGCUCUACGUUUCAGCACGCUGGUGCGAAAACUAUGGAAUCCAAAGGCCUUUCGAUCCCACGUGUCACCGCACGAGUUGCUACAGGAGAUUGCUCUUCGUUCAUCAAAGCGCUUUACACUGACCCAGCAGUCUGACCCGGUAGAGUUUCUGUCUUGGUUCCUAAACAACUUGCAUCUUUCUCUUGGAGGGUCUAAGAAGCCAUCCAAGACACCCACCAGUGUGGUCCAGGCCGCUUUCCAAGGUCACUUGAGGAUUGAAAGCCAAGCAAUCACCGCUCACUCAGAUACCCAAAACGCUCGCCUAGUUUUUACGGAAUCGGGCGACAUUAAAAGCCAAACCACCCCAUUUCUUAUCCUCACGCUAGAUUUGCCUCCUACUCCUCUCUUCCAAUCCGCCAAUCGGGAAUCCAUCAUUCCCCAUGUUCCUCUGACAACACUCCUAAACAAAUACAACGGCAUCACUGCUUCAGAGAAGCUGGCUCAUCGAGUCCGCCACCGUCUCCUUCAUCCUCUUCCACCUUACCUAUUAUUCCAUAUCAAGCGAUUCAGCAAAAACAGAUUUGUAUCUGAACGUAACCCGACAAUUGUCACCUUCCCGUCACCCCGCUCUCUGGACAUGUCGCCCUACGUAGAACCGAACCCGGACAUUUGGCCUCCGGGCGAACCCAUUCUCUACGACCUCGUCGCCAACAUUAUACUGGACCCGACUGUAGCUGUUCCUGGUGCCACCGACGAGGCAGCCGCAGAUAAGGGUGUUAAUGCAGCAUCUGGGGCAUCAUCGACUGGCGCUGGUGCGGGCAGCGAGAAGGUGUCCUGGAUGGUCCAGCUUCACGACAAGGCUAUGUCUGCAGAGAAUAAUCGACAACAUAGCGAACGCGCUGGUGAACAACAAGGGCCGGAGUGGCUUGAGAUCCAAGAUCUGUUCGUCAAGAAGGCGGAAACUGAAACCCUAUUCACCCGGGAAGGAUAUCUUAUGGUCUGGGAACGGCGAAAGGUCCCGGGUAUGAACAAUCGGAAGGGGAAGAACUCAACAAAAUAA